AUGGCGCCUCUGAUAUUGGAUAGUUCGGAUUACCUGUCGUCUGGGUCCAUCAGUCUGGGCAAAUGUUGGCGGCUGAACAACGAAUCCCAGACCGAGAAAUCUGUUGUAAUGAUGCCACUAUGGCUGGAUGGUCCACGCUGCAGACUGUGUAAGGACUUGGUUUCUGUACCCAUCCGGUUGGUUACCAGAUCCAACAUGGAAGAGUGUAACCAUCCGAACCUAGAGCUGAGGCAGCGGACACCAGAGACGCACUGA